GCGCGCGUACACCAUACAUAGCUAGCGAAUGUAAAAUACAGCUCCGAAGAAUUCUGUUGUGGUAUCAUUUGCAGUCAACUAACAAUGGCGUUUAGUCGGGAGGAUCACGGUGUGCAAUAUGUUGCGAAAAUUUUGUUUAUGUUGGUCGCUUUCGCCUCAAAGUCGUCUGCUAUAAAAAUAUCGUUUGCAAGCCAACAACAUGGAAGCACGGAACCACCUGUUCAUAUAAAUCUCCACCUCCAUUUAGACGGUAACAAGGUGGUACCAGUACCAGCUCCCAACGAGCAAUGCUCCAACCCACCGAAGUACCAGAUGCCGAGAGGUCCGGUGAUAGACAUCGACGCGACACCGAUAGCUACUCAUGAGCUGCAGAAAUGGCUGAGCGAGUUUGAGAAGGUCUCGGUGGAAGGAGCGGAGGGAGUUCGGCACACUGUAUUGCUUGCUUCUCAAGGCAUUGCUCUAGAUGGCAUAUCCCUUCUUCCAGGAUGCGUCGAGGGGCAGGCCGGAGAUCCGAUGGGAAUAAGUGAAGAUGGAGAGGAUCUACUUGGUUUAGGAUUGUGUGGGUCUAAACUUCCCAUAUUAGCUGGACUGGGAGAUAACAAUCAAAUUGAAAUUCAAAGCGUAAAGGAUUAUGCCAAGGUAGUACAUGAAAAGAAGAUGCUCCCAUUCCCAUGUGGUGAUGAAGAUUUAGACUAUAAGCUAGCAUUUGCCCUUGCAAUGAUGAAUACUGGGCGAGAGGAGAUGGCCAUUGACAUUCUAUCUGCCCUCAUCAAGCAGAACCCUAAGUUUGUCGGGGCGUAUCAUGCUAGAGCAGUGGGAUAUGCAAGAAGAGGCAUUCAGCACCCUAUGAAUGCUGCACUGGCUAUACAAGACUUCACCAGGGUGAUUGAAAUCAGUCCUAAAGAUCCAAUCGGAUGGGAAAAGAGAGCGGAGGUCUUUUCAACACAAGGAAGGAAUCGAGAAGCAUAUGGCGAUAUAUCAAAAGCACUUGACUUACGGCCUACAGCCAAACUAUACAAGUACCGAGGUUACAUGAUGUUUAAAGAGGAGAAAUAUGUAGCAGCAACCAAGGAUUUGAUGGAAUCAGUUCAAAAAGAUCAGACACAAUUAGACGUUGUUCAUCUACUGGCAAUAUCCUUAUAUCAUCAAGGAAAAUUACAUGAAGCUGUGAGAAUAUUCAAGAAAGCUUUAGAAUUAAAACCUGAUUACGUUGAAGUAUUAAGAAGCUUAGCUCGUGCAUACAGGGAGCUAGGUGAUUAUGAAAAUGCCUUGGAUAGCUUUAACAAGGCUCUCCACUAUAGUCCACAUCAUAUACAGUCUAUACAACAGAGAGGGUCAUUGCACUAUCAUGCCGGAAAACCCAAGGAAGCACUCAAAGACUUCCAGUAUUGCCUGAGAGUGUACCCAACCAACGAGGUAUGCCGGUACAUGAAAGGUCUUUGCCUGGUUUCCAUAGGGCAGUAUUACGAUGCUGUGAGAACCAUUACCAAACUCAUGAUACAGAAACACAUCACGGCUGACUUCCUGGAGUAUGAACAGGUCAAAUAUAUCAGAGAGUUGUCCAGAUACCUGCAUGCUCAUUUGGACACCCCUUUCAGUGAAUAUAGUAUGGACCAGGAUCUAGAUGGUACAAUGAAAGACAGAUGGGUCAAGAAUCUUCCAUUCCAGUCGGAGGGGUACAAAGAAAUGCCUGGUUUGAGCCCAGAUAUAAGCGAUAUUGAUGAACUAGAAUCUCAUGACCUCUCACCCGCCACGCGCAACCUGAUCUGCCGUGCAUCGGUCAUCGGGCGGCUGUCACAGUACGAUGCAGAUGGCUUCCUGCCCAACGAACGCAUGCAGCUAGCCGUUGGUCUGGGAUCCCUUGAGGUAGCACAGACUAUGCAGCUUUACUGGAGACAGGGACGGAGCUUUAGAAAUGGCAAUGGGAACAGGUUUGGAUGGAAAGAUAUGAUGGAUGUAGCUAUCAAAUGGAGAAGGUAUGUUGAUCCUGACCAACCAGUUUUAUGGUUGGAUCAGAUGCCAUCAUCAAGCUACCAAGCUGGAUAUAACAGUCAUAUGAACAUAGUACGCGGUCAACUCCUCAAUAUACGUUUUGCCAACUAUUUCGAUACAGUCUUCAACCUCACUAAAAGAAUGAUAUAUCAGCAUAGUAUGACCAAAGCAGAUCGGGGAGAGGAAAGAUUGCUAGCAAACCUAGAUAAAGUCGCUUCGUGCGAGGGUCUGGUCUUCCUUGUUAACAAACUCAAGAUGUCCAAUGACAGAUUACCAGGGUUUAUGAUUUCAACACGGCUAGACAGCUUUCAAAAUAGAAAUGCCAAACUUGAGGGUGCCGUAUUUUCUCUCAGUGGAGAAGUUGCUGCCAAUGUAAUAUUUUCUAUUGACACAAUGACGACCAAACGUCGGACAGAGCAUUACCAUACAGAAAUAGACUACAUCUGGGCUCUCUUAUCUGAAGAGAUGCAUAGCAAGAGAGGAGGACCAGUCACCUCCAAAGAAAUGGAUCAUGAGUCUAUCGUCAAUCUGGUGCUCUCUAUGAUCUACUAUGUGUAUAACCUCAUGCCUAUAUCAAGAGGAACAAGUUCUGUGGCAUACACCAUUGUGCUUGGUUUGGUAAUGGCGUUGGGUCGAGAGGUCACUAGUCAGAUACCGAAGAGCAAGCUGGUUGAGAUGGAGGCUUUGCUGUCAGGUACCCCUCAGACCUUUGCUUCAUGGGGUCAAAGUUGGAUGAAUAUCAAGAGGUCUUCCUUCAACCUAGCAGACGUACCUCAGGUCUCAGAAGCAUUUCCUACUCUACGUUCUAUGUUAGAAGCUCUCAACGUGGGAGCAUCAUUUUGCACGGCCGGUGGGCAGUAGACUGCGGGUAUAGGACUUGCCAAGCUCCUACGGAUGGUAUUCAUGUAGUAUACUUCAAGUUAAAAGUCAGAUGGUCAUCAGCAAUUCCUGGGAGUGGAUUGAUUAUAAGAAUACCAUCCAUUAGGUUACAAUACUGGCAGGAACCUUAUUUAUAUAUGGGGCAGAUUGUCUCUCGAAUGCACAACUCAUUAGAUCAUCAUUAAAAGUAUGAAUGGUAAAAGAGGAGUCUGAUUAUAACAGACUAUAUCAGCAUUGUUUUUUCAUAUCAAAGAUUACCUUAAGACAUGUGUCCUUGAGUUACUUAUUUUGUAACAAAUCAUUUAUUGUAUCCAAGUUUGGGAAUUUAAUGUAUCACUCUUUCCAAACAAACACCUUUCAUCAAAGAUAUUCUUAAUCUGUGUUUUUAUAACUCAAGAUACUUUUAUUAAAAUAUAUUUGAAUGACUAGUUUGACUUAAUAGGACCUUGAUAUAAAUAUCAAACUAUAUUUAAACUUUUUAAAAGUAUUUAAAUGAAUUAGAAUAACUGGUUUAAAUAAUGGAAUAUGUUGAAGAAAUCAAUACCAAGAAGUGCAAUUUUCUUGCUCCAAGAGAGUGUGGGGCAUGUAAUUUUUCCUGAAUAUAUUCUAAAUUCUGAAAUUGUCAAGUCCGAAGGCCUUGAUUUUAUACUGUGUAUAUUUUUUGCAUUAUUUAUUUUGUGCUUUUAGCCUAGUAUGAGGUGGAGGGUUCUAUUUGAGAAAUCCUUUUUGAAGUUGUCUGCGUCUUUCCUAAAAAACUUGAAGGGUACUGGAGGUGCUAUUUCUAUUUGUUGCUAUCAGUUCCUAAUAUACUU